GUUUAACCACUAUUAUGAGGGCACCGCCCUCAUUCUUUGGUUAUCAAAUUUUUGCCGCCCUUGUUCUCACGAGCUCUGCUUGCAACUCGAGGGACAUGAUGACCUUGCCACUGCACUACCAGCUUGUGUCGUCGGGGGUUCCUUUUUUAAGGAGUUCUUUGUCUCUUUGCUCUGUGCGUCACUCUGUAGUCCUUUGACUACUUAUGGCCCUGAGCAAACAGAUCAUAGGCUCUUGGUAGAUUUAUAAUUGUAUUUUACAUUUGUUGCAAUAAAUGCAGUUGGUUCUCGAAA